AUGCCGAUAUCGAAUGAUCAAGAGGUGAGAGUGGUCGAACAAAGAGAACGAUCAUCGUGUUCCUUACCACCUCCCUAUACAGUAAUUGAUCUUGUACCUCCACCACAAUACGCGCAAUUUGAACGAGAUCAUGAAAAAGAGCGUUGUUUUGUUGCUAAACAAGAAGGGAAUCAAGCAAGUUUUCUUCACACUAGCACUGAACAAACUUGUGAAUCUGUGCCGAUGCGUAAUGCAGUGUUCAACGAUCCUGAAUAUUUCGUAUAA